GAUAUUGCUGCCGGAGAGGAGGUUGCAAUUAAGUUGGAAUGUGUGAAAACCAAACAUCCUCAGCUCCACAUCGAGAGUAAAAUCUACAAAAUGAUGCAGGGUGGAGUGGGUAUUCCCACAAUUAAGUGGUGUGGAGCUGAAGGGGACUACAACGUAAUGGUGAUGGAGCUGUUGGGACCCAGUCUGGAAGAUCUCUUCAAUUUUUGUUCCAGGAAAUUUAGUCUCAAGACAGUCCUAUUACUCGCUGACCAAAUGAUUAGUCGAAUUGAAUAUAUUCACUCUAAGAACUUCAUCCACCGAGACGUGAAGCCAGAUAACUUCUUAAUGGGCCUGGGGAAGAAAGGCAAUCUUGUCUACAUAAUAGACUUUGGAUUAGCAAAGAAGUAUCGAGAUGCUCGAACUCACCAACAUAUUCCAUAUCGUGAAAAUAAAAACUUAACAGGAACUGCCCGUUACGCAUCCAUCAACACUCAUCUUGGAAUUGAGCAAUCUCGCAGAGAUGACUUGGAGUCCUUGGGCUAUGUACUGAUGUAUUUUAACCUGGGCUCCCUCCCCUGGCAGGGACUGAAAGCAGCAACAAAGAGGCAGAAAUACGAACGUAUCAGUGAAAAGAAAAUGUCUACACCCAUUGAGGUUUUGUGUAAAGGAUAUCCUUCUGAAUUUGCCACAUACUUGAAUUUCUGCCGUUCUUUGCGUUUUGAUGAUAAACCGGACUAUUCCUAUCUAAGGCAAUUAUUCAGAAACCUCUUCCACCGACAAGGGUUCUCCUAUGACUAUGUGUUUGACUGGAACAUGCUGAAAUUUGGUGCAAGCAGAGCAGCUGAAGAUGCUGAACGUGAAAGGCGAGAACGAGAGGAAAGAUUGAGACAUACACGAAAUCCGGCUGUGCGUGGAUUACCCUCCACUGCUUCUGGCAGGCUGAGAGGAACGCAAGAUGUAGCUCCUCCUACUCCUCUUACCCCAACUUCACAUGCUGCCAACACCUCUCCUCGGCCCGUAUCUGGUAUGGAACGAGAAAGGAAAGUGAGUAUGAGAUUGCAUCGUGGUGCCCCAGUCAAUAUCUCGUCGUCUGACUUAACAGGCCGACAAGAUACCUCUCGCAUGUCAACUUCGCAGAUUCCUGCUCGGGUAACUACCAGUGUUCUCCAGUCUGCUGUGCACCGAUGAAAAUUAUUUUGCCGUGGAGGGCAGAUAAUGCAUGGCUGAUCUCCUAUGUUACCAAUGGCUUUACUAGCAAAAAUACCCUAAACUAGAGCGGAAACAUUACAAUUGCAGUUCUCCAUGUGACUUAAAAAGCACUUGGAGCAACAUGGACAGACUCCAGCAGCUGCCAUUACAGGACGCUUUUGCCAGAAACCCAAUGACCUUAAGAGAACCCUGUGGUAACAGGGCUGGAAAAGAAAGAUGGUUUACAGAGUUGACCGCCUGUUAUCGGAUGGCCAUUUCAGUUUUCCUUCCACAGGCGGCAGACUUUACCCCCUUUUUAUUAUUCUACUGUAACUAUAAAUCUUUUACUUGGUUUAAGAAAGUUUUUUGUAUCAUUUUGCUAAAAUUAUUGGCUUAAUUCUCUGUAAAGAACUCUUGCUUUUGUCUGAUUUAAAAAUGUAGAAUAUAAACAAACCUAAACUAAAGACAAUGACUUGAAAUUUCUUGUUUAAAAAAAUCAGUCUGGCAGGGAACAUGUAAAUGAAUCAAAACCAUCUGACUUUAUUUAAACUGUUUACUGAUUUGUAUGGUCCUAUUCUGACUGAGACGGUUUUCUCAUGAAAAUUUUAAAACUGUUAGAAUUUUACUUUGCUGUUUGCUGUCUUCAUUCACACUUAACAUUUGACUUUCCGCACAAUUCCACAAAGGAAUUUUUAAGACUCGUGUUCUUUUUCGUAAAAGAGGAGAACUAAAUAUCCUGCAGGAGAGUCUAAGUAUAGUAGAGAUGAUGAUAAUGAAUUUCUUUUUUUGUAAAGAAUAUGAAGGACAAAGUGAAAGACUCUGGCAUUUGAGGGAUUUACAAUUUGAAAGCUUG